GGAGAUCCGGAAGUGGCUUAGCGCCCCCGGAGCCUUCGGUCACCAAGGCGAGCCGCACGUGUUGGCUCUCAAUACAAAGCCGUUCUCGCAUUUGGCUCCCUUGCAAAGUUGCUUGGGUUCCUUCUAGCCGUUCUCGGUCGUAUUCAGGCUAUCCGAUCAGACGUGCAUCAUUCCCUGGACCACAGAGUUGGGGAUCUAUAUCUGCUCACGGAAGUAUAAAGCCAGGCUUGUCAGAGUGAUCACCGCCCGACAUCGACCUCAAGACCUCAAGACUCGCUCAACGGCACGCCACAAGCCCCAGCGUACAGUGCUGCGAUCUACCUUGCGCAAAUCGCCACAACUUCGUAAGACUACAGUAUAUCGCUCGCGAAUCGUACAGAAGUCAUGGCACGCUUCCGCGUCACAUCCGAGUCGUCAUUUACGACUGCUGCAGUAGCUCAGAAUAGGCGUCUGGCGGAGGCUACCCUCCGACGUGAGCCUGCCCUUCCCAGGCAGGGUGAUCGCGGGAAAGCCAAGGCCCAGGAUAAGGGCAAAGGCAAGGCGAAGGACAAGGGUAAAGGCAGGGCCAGAACACCACCAGCCAUGGAUAUGCGCGACAAAGCAAAACUCAAGAUGAACGUAAAGCGAAACGCGGUGUUGCCCCGCAACUUGAGGAAGCCAGACUGGCGUCAUCUCUACGUUGGCAAUCUCAAUCGCGGUAUCACGCAACAGAUGUUGACCGACCUCUUCCAAAGGAGCAAAUGCGGCACAGUCACGCGUGUCAUCAUACGCACGACCGCUGGCGUGCCUGCGUCGGCGUACUCCAAUCUUCCUAGCAGCCCCAUCGAUAGAAUGUACGCAUCUGUCGAGUUCGCGGACAUCUUCGCUGUUCGCAGAGCUUUGGCGCUGAAUGGUGCCGUGCUGAAUGGCAACAGGAUUACGGUAUGUCUCACUGCCGCCGAGCUGCCCGAAGUCAAGGACCUUGUCCAGAAACACAUGAAAGGCAAAGCCGAUCCUAUCGCUCAAUACUCCGUAGCGAAAGCCGUAAAGGCACUCAAGCGUAUCACAGUCGAACGUACUCAAGCCGUCAUCGUUCCUGACCCCCCUAGAGCUCCUCAAGCUGGUCCUUCUAGGGUCCCCCAGGCUGCUGACCCCAAUGCUCGCAAGUCGCCUCGUAAGCCCAAGGUACAGCCGCCACAGAAGGAAGAGCCACACAUCCUCAAGAACCCUCGGGUGAUGGGCGUGUCUUUCGCCCCGACGAUCAUGUAAUGAUUGUAUUCAGUACGCGCCCUCACGAAGUCUAGACAGGCUAGCUAGACUAGCCCAUCACGCCGUUAUGAGCCCAAUACAGAUUGGACGCACCACACUCAUUCCUCGCUUUUCUGAUGCCCUCCUUGCCCGGCCAGUAUUGUGUAUACGUAGCCCCCUGUAGCAUAUGCAGAUACGCGUAACUGGACGUAUUGAAUUACGAUGCGAUGCAGCUUGGAUGCAGCGUUUGUUAUGAGCGCGGUUGUAAGUACUGGGCUGAUCCCGCAUUUCCCCUUACUCUCUACUCCUCUUCAUACCCUGAAUGGACUGUGUUUGGUAGUUUCUUUCCUGCGAAAGGCGU